ACGACAUCAUUGAUCAAUCGUUAGCAGACCGUACUGCAGAUCUGAACGUUAAGAGAUACGCGUGCGAACGAAUAAAUUUAAUUAAAUUAAUAAAAAUAUAUAAUUAAAAUAUACGAAUAAAACGUUAAUAACGAAAAGUAAUGAAAUACGCCAUAUUUUAAGCGAUUUUAAUUAAAUAUAAUCUAUUAGUUGCAAUAUAUUUUAAUAUUGUUAAAAUAGUGUAUUGUUUUAAAAAAGAUUAAUAAAAAACAAUGUCGGACUUUCAAACAAAACAAGAUUAUGCACGUCAAUUACGAUAUGCUCGCUCAAAAUUUCGACGCAUCAACUCUUUGGACCUAAUACCAGAAAAUCCCAGCCAAGAGGAAUCAGAUGAUGAGGAUUUAUAUACACCUACCAUAAGCCGUUCGAAUACGGGUAUAAAUAAGGAACUACUUAAUAAGGCAAAUUUGCCCCCCCAACCAUUUGGCAAACGCGUACGUGGAAUUUUGCUAUUCUGGCCCAAUCUCUUAGUGAAUCUUAUUGUUUUGCUACUACGUUAUUUGCUAUAUAUACCACUUUCGAUUGCAGCCCCUAGUUUUUGGCUGUCGGCUUUGUUAUGGAUUUUCUGGAAACUUUUACGUAUACCGGUUGAGCUAUUUAAAUGGAUAUUUAGUACGGAGGCAGCUUCUAAUCCAGAGUUGGGUUCACAAAACAAACGCACUAUACUCAUAAGUUGUGGAAGUACUAUACAGACUUUACAUUUGGCCCGUAAUUUUUAUUCUUCGGGAGCAAGAGUUGUUGUUUUUGAAUUUGAUGGUUUAUUUGGUUUAGCACGUUUUUCAACGGCUGUGGAUAAGUUUUAUGCUGUACCCAAACCAAAUCCACACAAUGUGGACAAUUAUAUAACUGCCCUUUGUCAUAUUGUGCGCAAGGAGAAACCCUCGGUUUAUAUACCGGUCUGUGCCACCAGCCCGGCCUAUUAUGAUGCUGUAGCUAAGCCUCAUUUGGAAUUAUUGGGUUGUGCUACAUUCAUGACUGGAGUACAGGAAACUUUAAUACUAGACGACUGCCUGCAAUUCUAUCAACGUUGCGCAGCGCAAAAUAUUGAACUACCGCCCUAUGUGGCCCUAUCCUCGGCCCGUGAAUUAUGGGAAUUGUAUGAACAGGGUUUUAUACGCCAAUUUCGUAAUAUUUUGGUGGCAGUGGGCAUGCAAGGAAUACUGGAACGUUUUAAAUACAUGUUGCCUCGUCAAAGACGCGAUUUACGUUUCUCUCAUGAAAUCAGUGAACGUCAACAAUGGCUGGUGGUAAGAGAUGUGCCCGGAGAACAAUAUGUUACUUGUACUACUGUUAAAAACUCGCAAGUUGUAGCAAAUGUUACAUGUCGUGUGGAACAGGAUACAAAGAAUCUUGUACCCGUUACUUCAUCAGUAGUCACCACUGCCAGUGAUGCCUCCCUUAUAGACAACUGGCUUAAGACUUUCUUUGCCAAGGUACGUUUCCAGCGUCCCAUCAACUGCCAUAUAAGUUUUCGUUUAAUUAAAUGUCAAGCCACUGGACAAUUUCUACCAUUGGGCAUACGUUUGGGUGUUUCUUUGCCCUAUAUCUGCUACAAUCGUUCACAUGCUCAGAUUUUAUGUCGUACUAUGAAAUGCGUACACAUGUUACCCCUAAGUCUGGUGGCAUCCAAUGAGGAAGACACUUCGCUGGCAUCUUUGACAGCCCAAUGGUGUUCUCUGGAGGCCACAAGUGCUAGUGCUGCUUUGGAUAAACGAGAAGCCUUAUUUACCUAUUGGGAUCCUUUGCCCUAUUGCGCCUAUUAUCAUUUCCAAUUACCUUUGGAAUCAGUAAAAACAUUCCUACAAAAAAGAAGACACAAAACGAAAGCCAAAACACCACGUCUUACCAUACCCCCGGUACACUGAGAGAACAAGUUUUGAAAGUCGUUCAAAACGGUCUUUUUCAAAUAAUAAUGAAAAAACGACGUUGGAGAAUAGUUUCAUAUAUAAAUUACUUUGUUUCAGAGAGAGAAUAUUAUAGACUGAUAUUGUUUUGAGUUUUGUUAUAUCAUAAUUGUUUCGAGCAAUAAUUUUUCGUUAAUUGUUUGGAACUUCAAAAGAAUUUUUAUAUAUUAUUUUUUACAUAUUACAAUUAUUAUUUAUAAGUUGAAUUAAUUUUUUUUAAUAAAAUACUUGUAGGUACAUAUGUGUACUUAUAAAUAUGUACAACGAAUCAAUAUAUUGUAUUUACCCAAAAUAUA